CCAUUUAAAUUUUAGGCUAAAAUCAAAUUUUCUUUGACUAAUUUAUGCAUUUUCAUACAUGUAUUCCUGUCUAUUUCAGAGUGUCAAAUCAUAAGUGAUAAAACAAACGAAAUGUUCUUGAACAUUGUUACUACUUUUAUUAGUAUCCCAUGAUGCAUCGCCUUAUUUUGUUGUAGCUGAGGAUGAUGAGAUAAAUGACACAGCCCAUCCAUCUCUGUUUCUGCCGACAGAAGAGGAGGGCUUGACAGCAUCAACGACAACAAUGCCUCACAUGGCAGAACGGAUUUAGCCUCUGUUGCAAUUACGCAACAAUUGAUAUAUUAGAGAACUUUCGACGAUAUUGUCUUUUUUUUUUUAAGGGUAGGUAUCACGGUCUCUAGGACCGGUGUGUGUCUGCUGCAUUGUCUACCAUGGCGUCCCCCAAUGGUACCCUGGAGAAUCAGCUGCACAGCGCCCAGAAGAACCUGCUCUUCCUCCAGCAGGACCAUGCCAAAACACUGAAAGGUCUACAUGCAGAGAUCCGCAGACUACAACAGCACUGCACAGACUUGACCUAUAAGCUGACAGUGAGAAGUUCAGAUCCAACAGACAGCAGCGAGGCGCGCUGCAGGGAGCUGCACAGUAAGUGUGAGGAGCUGGAGGCUCAGCUUAAGGUGAAGGAGGAGGAGAACACGGAGCUGCUGAGGGACCUGGAGCAGAAGAACGCCAUGAUCUCUGUCCUGGAGAACACUAUCAAGGAGAGGGAGAAGAAGUACCUGGAGGAGCUGAAGAUGAAGAGCCACAAGCUGGCUGUCCUGUCUGGGGAGCUGGAGCAGAGAGCCAGCACCAUCGCCUACCUCACCUCUCAGCUCCAUGCCACCAAGAAAAAGCUCCUGGCAGGCAGCUCCUCCGAGGCCAGCCCCAACGUCAGCCCUGUGAGCUCCUACAAGCCCACCCCUCCCCCAGCCAAAGACCGGCAGCCUGGCCCUGAGACCCCUCGCCGCCGAAUGAAAAAGAGCCUGUCUCAGCCGCUGCACUCUGAGUUAACCGAGGUGUACCGGCUGGGUUCUGAUGGGAGGAGGAUGGUCCUACGGGAGGCGGUGGACGCCAUGCCCGACCCCACCCCCUUCCUGCAGGCAGCUCGAGACACACCUGAUCUGCAGAUGGUACGAGACCGGCCUGCCGUCAUCCCCCCCAUCACCUGUGAUCAUUCGUCCAGCCCCCGCCACAGCCCGGCACGGGACCGCCAGCACCAGGCACACGUUGGCGUGGCACACCGCAUCCACCACAGCACCCCUCUCCUGGCACCGCCUCAGCCAGAGCUGGAGAUCCUGUCUGUGGACCAGGUCAAUGGGGGCAAGGUGGUGAGGAAGCGCUCAGGGGCAGACCGAACCGUUUAACACACUCACACACAACAAGAGCGAGAAGGAGCAUCACCUACUGUAUAAAUCGGCUGCUUUUUAUGCAACAAUGCAAUGAGCAAAGAAAGUGUAAAAUGAAAAACAGACCAAAAAAAUUAACAUUUCACUUUGUUCAUGGUCCUCCUAAAAAAAAAUUAUGCCACCAUGCCAAAUGUUUUGUUUUGAAACCCAUGUGACUUAUACAUCCUGUCCUUUUUGCUUUGUCUCUCAUCUCACUCUGUCAUACAUUGUGCACAUAAACUUAUCUGCCAAAACAUCUGCAUUAAUGCCUGCUUACCUGUUGAAUCCAUACACAUAUCGUCAUGGUUACUACCAGGGGUGAAAGUAGAUUUAAUUUCUUACCAGUGCAGGACACCCAAGUGCACGAACAAAUUUUUUUUAUACUACAAAAAUUACAGGGUAGCGUACUUUGCUGACACUGACAAACAGAUCAAUAAAAACAAUGUUGUCUGAUCCAUAUAAUUGGCCUACGAAAA